GGGUGUGGGGGUGGGUUAUCGGUUGGAAAAUAUGGGAGCAGAGGCAGAGCCCUUCCCCAGCUACAACAACUAUAGCUAUGGAAACCGGGAUGGGGAGGUAAGGGUGAACGUAGAGGUUCACGUUGACGGUCCUCUCAUUUUGGGUCUCCAACCGGCGGCCCUUGUCGAUCAUGUGGCCAGAGUCGACUGCUCCUUUCUACAUCAAAUCCCCGGCGAUCGCGGUGGCUCUAUUCCGGUCGCAAUUGAAGAGCUUGAGCUCAUGGUGAGUGAGUUGAGAACCCAUAUCCUUGCAUCCCAUGAUGAUCCGUUUUCCAUGAAGACAAUGGCUGGGGGCAGUGUCGCAAAUACAAUGCGGGGACUAAGUGCAGGUUUUGGGGUCUCCAGUGGAAUAAUUGGGGCCUAUGGGGAUGAUGAGCAAGGUCAGUUAUUUGUGCGCAACAUGAGCUCUAAUGGAGUGAACCUCUCGAGAUUGAGGAUGAAGAAAGGACGCACUGGUCAGUGUGUUUGCCUGAUUGAUGAAUUGGGCACCCGUACCAUGCGGCCUUGUCUCUCCAAUGCUGUGAAAGUUCAGGCGGAUGACUUGACUAGAGAGGAUUUCAAAGGCUCAAGACCUUUUUUUCUUCAGUGGUUGUCUUUGAGAUAUGCAAUAUUCAAUUUAGAGGUUAUUCGGGAAGCUAUAAAGAUUGCCAAACAAGAGGGUCUUUUCCUGUCCCUUGAUUUGGCCAGUUUUGAGAUGGUUCGGAACUUUAAAUUACCUCUUCUACAGUUACUGGAGUCAGGAAAUAUAGAUCUCUGUUUCGCCAAUGAAGAUGAAGCAAUAGAACUGCUAAGUGGUAAACAAAAUGCUGAUCCUGAGAUUGCGCUUGAAUUUCUGGCCAAACACUGCCAAUGGGCUGUUGUAACAUUGGGGCCUAAUGGAUGCAUUGCUAAGCUUGGAAAAGAGGUUAGUGAGAGACUGCAGUGCUCGAGGACAUGAAUACUGUAGAAAAAUUGUUGUUUUUCAUUCUAAAAGCAUUUUCAUGUAUAGAUGUGUGCACUAUGUAUAAAGCUUACUCCUCAAAUAAGCCCUUAGCCUUGUCAUUCUAGCAGAGCAUAUAAUCAUCUCUAGACGUGUGAACUGUAAAGCUUACU